AUGAUGAAGGUGGCUCAUUGGAUCAUUGCUUCGCUAGUCAUCCCUAGAAAAGAGCGAAGCACUAUCAGCGUGCUUGUGCUAAAAAUCCUUUAUGCUAUGGCCCACCGGAUGAAAACCUCAUACCUCAUUACCGAUUAUUUCUUUGCAACAAAUUCAUCUGGCAUUAUAAGUUUGUUUGUCAAAAGUGCUCCAGUCCGGACCCCAUAUCCCGAAAACGACCAGCCACUGCCUGGUGAUCCGUAUCUCACCAUGGUAGUGCUUGAGUCCAUACAACUAUUUCGAUUGGCGGAUAGCCAUCAUCAUUGGACCGUGGGCCAAAAUCACGACCCAAAGCUCCUGAUCACGUCCGAGAACCGAAACACUCUUGCCCUCAAACGUCCUACAAACUUCAUUUAUUGGAAAAUCACCCGUACCUUUUCCUCGUCUCCUAUUCCAGUGAGGAAUAUGAGGAAGGUGAAAAAAUUGAGGAGGAUGGCGAUGAUGAUUGUGGAGACUAGGAACCCCAAAAUAUUCCACCCAUGGGUGGUUCCAGCUCAUUCCAUGAUGCUGGUAACCCGUCAUAUCACCAACAAUACAUGA